CAGCGCGCCGUCAGUGCGCAGGCGCGCUAGCCCCUCUCCUUUCUGCUCUUCCUCCUCCGUCUUCGGACGUCAGUGGCCGUUGGGUCGUAUGUCGCGCCGGGCCCUCCGGAGGCUGAGGGGGGAACAGCGCGGCCAGGAGCCCCUCGGGCCUGGUGCCCUGCAGUUUGUUCUCCGUGAUGACGAAGACGCGGAAGAGGAAGGCCCAAAGCGUGGGCCAGCCGGCCGGCGCCCUGGAGACGCAGGCAAGGAGGGCGUCCGAGUCAACAACCGGUUCGAGCUGAUAAAUAUCGAGGAUCUUGAAGAGGGACCCAUGGUGAAUGGGGAGAGGUCCGAUUGUCUGCUCGCAGAUGUGGUGGUGACAGGGAACAAGAGGAGGUCCCAGUGUGGAAGUGCAGAGACCAGGAAGGAUGUAGAAGUGGCUGACAAGGCAGCACCCCCACAGCAGUUUAAUGCAAGUUGCAAAUUCCGAAAGAAGAAAAAGAAACAAAAAAACAAGAAAAACUCUGCUGGAGAAACUUCGGAAAAUGGGCUGGAGGAUAUUGAUCGAAUCUUGGAGAAGAUUGAGGACGGCAGUGGGUUAAGCCGGCCAGGCCCGCCUCCCCUGAGCUCCAAGAAGCACGUUCUGUAUGUGGAGCACAGACACCUGAAUCCAGAUACAGAACUGAAAAGGUACUUUGGUGCUCGAGCUGUCCUUGGGGAGCAACGGCCACGGCAGAGACAGCGUGUGUAUCCCAAGUGUACGUGGCUGACGACCCCUAAGAGCACCUGGCCCCGGUACACCAAACCAGGUCUGUCCAUGCGGCUGCUGGAAUCCAAGAAAGGCACGUCAUCCUUCGCGUUUGAGCACAGUGAGGAAUACCAGCAGACCCAGCACAAGUUCCUGACUGCCGUGGAGUCCAUGGAGCCCAACAACAUCGUGGUACUGCUGCAGACAAGUCCCUACCACGUGGACUCGCUCCUGCAGCUCAGCGACGCUUGCCGGUUCCAGGAGGAUCAGGAGAUGGCCCGAGACCUUGUGGGUGAGAGCCCAAAUGGCCACCUGCCCUGCUGCCCCAACAGAGCCACUCACACCAGUAGAGCACCACCACCUUCUGUGCAGACCCAGGAGCGUCCUCAGUGGCGAGGACACAUGGAACAUGCCAAGGAAGCCCGGGACACGGUUGGACCCGGAGCCGGAUGGGCCCCAGGUAGUGAGCUUUUGCCACCUGUGUCACUGUCAUUCACAAGGAACCGUCUUGUAUUUAGGAGCUUCUACCUGGCCCUCUACAAGCAGAUGAGCUUUCUGGAGAAGCGAGGCUGCCCACGCACGGCACUGGAGUACUGCAAGCUCAUUCUGAGCCUUGAGCCAGAUGAGGACCCCCUGUGCAUGCUGCUGCUCGUGGACCACCUGGCCUUGCGAGCACGAUGCUACGAGUACUUAAUCCGCCUCUUCCAGGAAUGGGAGCCUCAUCGGAACCUCUCCCAGCUGCCGAAUUUCGCCUUCUCUGUCCCAUUGGCAUACUUUCUGCUGAGCCAGCGCGCGGACCUCCCCGAGCAGCUCAGCCCUGAGAGGGAGAAAGCCUCCCUCCUGAUCCAGCGGGCCCUCGCCAUGUUCCCUGGAGCUCUCAUGCCCUUGCUGGAGUACUGCAGCGUGCGGCCCGACCCUGCCGUCGCCAGCCACCACUUCUUUGGGCCAGACGCGGAGAUCAGCCAGCCCCCUGCUCUGAGCCAGCUGGUGAGCUUGUAUCUCGGGAGGUCGCACUUUCUCUGGAAGGAGCCUGCCACCAUGAGCUGGCUGGAAGAGAAUGUCCGCGAGGUUCUGCAGGCGGUGGACGCUGGAGACCCCGCCGUGGCUGCAUGUGAGAGCAGGCGGAAGGUGCUCUACCAGCACGCACCCAGAAACAUCCACCGCCACGUGGUGCUCUCCGAGAUCAAGGAAGCUGUUGCUGCCCUCCCCCCGGACGUGACCACGCAGUCUGUGAUGGGGUUUGACCCUCUGCCUCCUUUGGACACCAUCUACUCCUACGUCAGACCAGAGAGGCUGAGUGCUGUCAGCCACGGGAACACAAUCGCCCUCUUCUUUCGGUCCCUCCUGCCCAGCUACACCACGGAGGGGGAGAGGACAGAGGACGGAGGGCCUGGAGGCCUGAACCACAACCAAGGCUUGAAUAGGCUGAUGCUCGCCCUUCGAGACAUGAUGGCCAACUUCCACUUCCACGACCUGGAGGCGCCACGCGAGGACACCCCUGAGGGAGAUGGGGAGUGGGACUGAGGAGGGCCCACUCAGUCCUGUUCCCGAUUGCUGUUCUGGUCAGGAUUGGCCAGUCCCUCGGGUAGAAAUGCUGAUGUCGUCCACCUGCCACCCACCUCUAUUCCUCUAUAAACAUGAAAGGGUUA